CCAUUUGGCGGGAACGUGGACUUCAGACGACGGAAGAAAGCUUCUGAGCUUCUCAGAGUAAAAAUGGCGAACAAGCUCAUCAACCAGAUGGGCCUCCCCAAAUCCAUCGCCAACGUUUUCACCGCUCGUAACAUCACCACCGCCAAGGAAGCUCUGUCGUUAACCGAAUUCGAAUUAAUGGAGGUAUUAGAUGUGAAUUUGGCAGAAGUCACGUCUGCGAUAGCCCGCAUCAGUGAAAUCACAUGUCCUCCCUAUCAAACCGUGCUAAGUCUAAUGGAGCAACAGGUUCAGAAGGAACACAAUGGCGGUCACCUUUCGACGCGCCUCAAAGGCCUAGACGAUGCCUUGUGUGGUGGCAUUCCAUUUGGGGUUUUGACAGAGUUGGUUGGUCCUGCUGGCAUUGGCAAAACACAGUUCUGUCUGAAGCUUGCAUUGUUGGCUUCGUUGCCAGAAGCUUAUGGAGGUUUAGAUGGUCGGGUAAUAUACAUCGAUGUAGAAUCCAAAUUUAGUUCGAGAAGGAUGAUAGAAAUUGGAUCAAAGAGUUUCCCAGAAAUAUUUCACAAGAAAGGAAUGGCACAAGAGAUGGCUGGUAGGAUUCUUGUUAUGCGGCCGACAUCACUUUCUGAGUUCACUGAGAGUUUGCAACAACUCAAGAUCUCACUCCUUCAAAACCAAGUGAAGUUGCUAAUUAUUGAUAGCAUGGCUGCUCUUGUUGCAGGGGAACAGGGGCAGGGCGCACCUAGGCAGCAUCUACUGGGUUGGCAUAUUUCCUUUAUUAAGUCACUUGCUGAAUUUUCACGCAUCCCUAUUGUUGUUACGAACCAAGUGAGAUCUCAAAUUCAUGAUGAAGCCUGCCAGUAUGCUUUUCAAGUGCAGCACAGGGAAAAAGCAUUACAUGAACAUACAGAAUAUGAUUCUCAUCUUGUUGCUGCUUUGGGGAUUCACUGGGCUCAUGCUGUGACCAUACGUCUUGUGCUUGAUUCUAAAUCUGGGAAGAGGUUCAUCAAGCUGGCAAAGUCUCCGAUAUCACCCCCUCUGGCCUUCGCGUUCAACAUAACAUCAUCUGGAAUCUCAUUGCUAAGCGAUGGUGGAAUAGAACUGACAGGACCAGAGAUAAACACAAUUCAUUGCCAAGGACACAGCGACAUAAUUAAUUUUGACGGGAAAAGGUUUCAGUGAUCAAUCUGAAGGAAAGCAGCAUCAUAAAUGUGUAGGAAUUUGCAAGAAAUUCAAUACGAUGGUAGAAAAAAUAUGUGCCUCAGGUCAGCUUACAAACUCAAUACGCAUCACUUCUCCAUGCACAAAGCUAACCAUCCAGGAAAGAUCAACUGAAAUUUAAAACUUGCUGAGGGCCCUUUUUUCUCUUAGCAGGUUUAGAGUUUGUGUUUAUCUUCUAUGUUUUGUACUCCUUUCAUGAGCAGGGUGUAUAAUCCGUUCGAUGUGAAGUUGUUGAUAGUGAAUGUUGGUUGACAGGUUUCUUGGUAUUUGCCAGUAUAUACAAACUCAUUAUUCGUCACCAUUUUCUGUAGUACAA